AUGGUCCUUCGGGAGCGGAGUCCAGCGCUCCCUGCCCGAGCGUUUGCAUCCUUGACGCGGAGAGAGGCCCGCCACGCCACUCGGCUGCAGGUCUCCGAGGGCCAGGGCGAGGAGAGCGCCGCCCCGCCUGGCCCCGCGCGGCCGCGGCGCUCCUUGGGCCCGCCGGGGACCGCGAGGCGAGCGCGUGCCCCGAGUGCCGCCGGCCUUCCUUCGUCGCCUCGGGGAACCUCCAGCCGCUGGGGGCGAUCCGGCGGCGGCCGAGAGCAGAGCCGGCGGCGAAUGCCGGGCGCCUGCCGCAAUCUGAGCGCGGCAUCAGCGGCUGCUCGGCCGCUGCGGCAGCUUCUCUGUUGGGCGGGGAGGGGCGGAGCAGCAGCUCUUGUCCGGGGCUCGAGGAGGAAGGAGGCAGCCGAGCUGCGGCGUCCGCGGGUGCCGAGUGGCUGCCGAAAUGCAGCCCCUGACGGCGGAAGCGGUGCCGGCGGAGUGGCUCAGUCCUUCGUGCUCAGUCCUUCGUGCGCCGCGGAAGAAGUGGCUGGGGCUUCGGCGGGAGAGGAAUCUGGUGACAGCAGGAAAAAGUUGCCCGAGCUGCGGAGGAGAGAGGAAGAACUCGGGCUCGCCCCCGCUUCACCGGCCAAUCUGAGGACGCCGCGCGCCAGGCGCUCCCGGGGCGCCCCUCCUGCUCGACUGGGGUGCUGGUCGGGAGACGUCGGGUCGGGCCAUGCAAUGCUGCUACUUCUCUUAGAUUUAUCAACUCGGCAUUUGGAAAGUUGCUUCUGCUCCUUGUUCUUUUCCCUUUUUGCUCCAACUCAUUCUUCCAAGAUGGCCCAGGAAGGAGCAGUCAUGUGCUUCCACCCUAAUCAUGCUAUGUCAUGUCAGCACUAUGUUCAAGAAGUGGAGAAGACACCAUGGCUUUCUCCUUCGAAGAAUGUGGUAUCUGCUUAUUUUAACCCUAAUCACAGUCUCUCACCCAGUGCUGGCAAGAUUCAUGUCCUCCGCAAGGGACUGACUCCAGAACCCUUGAGAUCCCAGCUGGGCAUAUAUAAUAGCACUGGCUCCCUAACCCAGAAGAUAACAAAGAUGAGUAACAUUGGAAGUGGCAGCUGUCCCAUCUCAGGAAGAGUGACAGCUCCAUGUACUCCAUUAAGAAACAGGCAUCCAACCUCCCUAUGUCCCUCAGGCAACCAAGUCCCCCUGGUAGUCCCAGUCACUGGUGGUCAAAGUUCUGUGGUGACCUUUCGCUUUAUUGAGAAGGCUAAUGUGAAAACUUUAAAUGGCUUCCCACUGAUAGAGUCCAGGAAAGAAAAUGGUUUGAGCAGAAGUAUAGAAUCUGAAGAGGCCUUCCACUUUGAAUCCAACAAGCAAAGAAGCCAUAACAUGAAUGUUCAGCCACAAUAUUCCUUACAGCAUGAAGUCAGAGCAUCGCUGAAUCCUAUCAUUUUGGAUAAUAGAGUGAGCUUCAAAGUCCAGACAGAUAAAUCCUUUUUGACCUUUAGAGAUGAACAGGACCCAGCGGUUCUCAGCAGUAAGCAGGAGCAUCUUGGCUUUAGGCCAAAGCCAGAGAUAUCUGCUUCAGAUCCUCUUCUUGCUGGAAACAGGUUCCUUUUAAAUGCACAGCAUUUGAAUUGGGGUAAUGGAAGCCCACUUUCUCUUGGUGCCAGCUGCCCUUCCAGUUCCCUCACCAGUGGGAUGAGCAGCCAGUCUAAUGAUCUCUUGUGGCAACAAAGACACCCACAGAGCAGGGAGUCACAAUACCAGGGAAGCUUGUGGGCUUAUUCACAAGAAAGCUCUGCCCAUGCCCAGCGUGUUGCCAAGGCCAAGUGGGAAUUUUUCUACGGCUCAAUGGAACCGUCUAAGACAGAUGAUCCUUCUAUUGAACAUGUCCAAGCCCUGUGUUGA